UCUUCCUCAGACUCGUACAGUUCGCACGUUACAGAGCCAGCCGACCGUGUCUCUUCGCCGCAGCCGUAUUAGCCGCAAUCGUUGAUCGUGCAGCAUCGCGCUUCUUUGAUCAGGCCAACAGCGGCGAUUCGGGCUCGUUUAUUCAUUUGUCGGUUUCGAGUUCUUACGGGCACACAUCGAGGGUUGAAUACCCAAUAUUCAAACGGUAUAUAAAUCGUUCAUAAGAGACUGUAUCGACGGUGUGUUCACCGAGACGUGAUCCAGCCACUUGAACCCUUAUUCAGACAUGUUGGUGGAGUACGCGGUCAAGUGGGCAUGGAGGGUGCUCGGCGGAUCGCCGGAGAAUGUUAUGUUCACACUUAUCGUGUUCGUCGGAGUGUUCGCGAUCGUCAGAUCGGCCCAGUGGCUAGAAUUCACCCGCUCUCUGCCGCCGGGUCCGUGGGGCCUUCCGGUCGUUGGAUACCUGCCCUUCCUCAAGGGCGACAUCCAUCUCCACUUCGGGCAGCUCGCCAAGAAGUACGGAUCCAUGUUCAGCGCCAGACUCGGUUCCCAGCUCGUCGUCGUACUCAGCGAUUACAGGGCGAUUCGCGACACUUUUAGACGCGAGGAAUUCAACGGCAGACCCCACAACGAAUUCAUGAACAUCCUGGGCGGAUACGGUAUCGUAAACUCAGAGGGAGCGAUGUGGAAAGAACAGCGAAGGUUCCUCCACGACAACCUCAGGAGUUUAGGGAUGACGUAUCUCGGCGCUGGGAAGAAGACGAUGGAGUCAAAAAUAAUGAGAGAAGUUCAAUCCUUCCUCCGUUUGCUGUCGGUGCAACAAGGCGCCCCGACGAACAUAUCGACCUCACUCGGAAUGUCGAUAAGCAACGUGAUAUGCUCGAUAAUAAUGGGGGUGCGAUUCCACCACGGCGACAGCCGGUUCAAACGGUUCAUGAUCCUGAUCGAAGAGGGGUUCAGGCUGUUCGGCAGCAUGGUGGCGGUCAACUUCAUUCCGGUGAUCCGAUUCCUCCCUGGCAUCCAAAAGAUCCGCGACAAGAUACGGGAGAACCGUUCCGAGAUGGCAACCUUCUUCCAAGAGACGGUAGACCAGCACCGCGCGACCUUCGACGAGGGUAACAUCCGCGACCUAGUCGACGCGUACCUCCUAGAGAUCCAGAAGGCCAAGAGCGAGGGUCGCGACGCGCAGCUCUUCCAAGGAAUGAACCACGACCGCCAGAUGCAGCAGAUCCUCGGCGAUCUCUUCUCAGCUGGCAUGGAGACGAUAAAAACGACACUUGAGUGGGCGGUAGUGCUGAUGCUCCACCACCCUGAGGCGAUCCGAGCCGUGCAGGAGGAGCUUGACCACGUGGUAGGUCGCUCACGAUUGCCAGCUCUCGAGGACGUCCCGUUCCUCCCGAUAACGGAGUCGACGAUCCUGGAGAUACUCCGGAGGUCGAGCAUAGUGCCCCUAGGAACAACGCACGCGACGACAAGGGACGUCAGGCUUAACGGCUUCACGAUACCGGCUGGUACCCAGAUAGUCCCGCUCCUCCACGCGGUCCACAUGGACCCGGAGCUUUGGAACGAGCCGCAGGCGUUCAGACCGGAGCGCUUCUUGUCGGCGGAGGGUAAGGUGACGAAACCAGAGUACUUCAUACCCUUUGGAGUUGGCCGUCGGAUGUGCCUGGGAGACGUGCUCGCGAGAAUGGAGUUGUUCCUAUUCUUCAGCUCGCUGCUCCACACCUUCGACAUCAGCCUACCCGAGGGAGCUUCUCUUCCCAGCCUCCGGGGAAACGCCGGGAUCACGGUAACACCCGACCCGUUCAAGGUCUGUCUGAACCAGCGCACCUUCGAGGGGAUCGACUUGGAGUCCCUCGAAUGGGCCACCGGUUCGCUGAGAAACGUCGGGGGCCACUAAAGCGUUCGUUUUGCGGGUCCCGAAAGCACGGUAGUUCCUAACGGGUGAUCGAUCGAUCAAUUGACCGAUCUAUUUUGGGCCUCAAUUGACUUCCCGGCUGAUUGGGAAGAGUGUAUGUGAGAGAGGAAGAGAGAGAGAGAGAGAGAGAGAGGGUGGGGAGGGGGGAGGGAGGGGUGAAUAGUGCCAUUACUGAUCGACGAACUUGUGUGAUUAUCCUAUAUAAUUAGCUGCGUCACGGUUGAACGGUCUAUUUAACUAUUUUUUUUUUUAUUAAUUCUUUCAUCCCGAAGUAACGUAACGUGAUCAGGGCUAAGAAAGAUUUUACCAUCGAUCGUUAUACGUCGCGUCAUAUAUUCACCAUCGAUCAAUAUUACGAUACAAGGUAAUAUGGUAUGAUAUAAUAUAAACGUGUAUGGAUAAACAUACACAAAGAAACACACGCAGACACACCGAUAUAACAAGUUCGCGACGUUCGAUGCAUAUAUACAAAUAUGUAUAUAUUUUCGACUGCAAAUGGCAUAUUAUUUAUUGUAUGUUCAUUCCGUGAGCGUCAAAGAAAACCCAUGUGUUCAGUAAUGUAAAUUACACAUAUAUAUAUACAUAUAUACAUGCAUAUAUAUGUAGAUAUACGUAUAUUAAGUGUAGAUAGAUCAUAACUUUUCAACUAGGCAGACUCAGUCCCGUAUAUUAUGGAUAUUACACGGCUGAAUCGAUCGGAAAUCACUGAGGCAGUUUCGUUCAAAUUUACGAGAACAAUUUCUGAUAAAAUAUCCGUGUUCAUUUUCCGAACGAAUCCGUUUCUCUUAUAUCUGCGUACACACACACA